AUGGGGCAAUUCCAUGUGAUAGGGCCAAAAGUGCCCAUCAUUGCCAAAGUUGGGGAAGAUGCUGUGCUGUCCUGCCAACUUAGCCCAAUGAUGAACGCUCAGAACAUGGAUGUAAAAUGGUACCGAAACCACUCUUCAGCUCUUGUACAUCAUUAUGGUGCUUCCCAGGAUCAUACAGAGAAGCAGAUGCCAGAGUACCGAGGGAGGACAGGGUUUCUGAAGGAGAACAUCACCAAAGGGCAGGUGGCCCUGAGGAUCCAUUCCAUCCGCCCCUCAGAUGGUGGGGAGUAUAGCUGUUUCUUUGAAAGCUCCACAUACUAUGAUGAUGCAAUAUUUGAAGUAUUGGUGACAGGUUCAGGUAUGGCUCCUCAUAUUCAUGUUGAGCCUGGUAACAAGAAAAUUAGGCUGACCUGUACAUCCACCGGGUGGUACCCAGAGCCUGAGGUGCGCUGGAGGGACCUGAAAGGACAGCUGUUGGUGCCAGAUGCUGAGACAAAGGCAACAGAAGCAAGUGGACUAUUUCGUGUGGAAACAUCUGUAACAGUGGAUGGAAGUUCAAGCGAAGCUGUCUCCUGUCUCAUAAGAAACCCAGUCCUCAGUGAGGAGAAGGAAGUGUAUAUUUCUGUAGCAGGUCAGUUCCCCUCAGAGUCAGUGUCCUGA